AUGAGCACUCAAAUUAAACAAGUAUUUAACUUGAGAACAUUUUUCUCUCUAAUAAAAAAGAUAGAUAGUAAACAUUUAUACAAAAUAGAGCCCUCCAGUAAAAACAUUUUACACAACAUUUAUUUAAGCUGGUUGCAUUCCAUACAUUCAAAGUCCCAGUCAAAUUUUCCAGUAUAUUUAAACAAAGAAACAUGCCGUGCUGCUGAAAAGAACACCUUAUGCUAUGGGAUUAUUGAGAAAACUUUUGAUUUUUAUCCUGAAAUGAUAGUUUUUCAUGAAGAUGAAUGUAAUAUUAAGAAUGAAUCAGUAUUAAAGCUAAUACUAACUUUACCAAAACAAGACGUAAUGCAGUACUUCUUUCAGUGGCAAAGAUAUAGAAAGUAUUGGUGGAGUUCAACUACCACAACUCCAAGUUUAUUUGCAGUUAAGGAUAUGAAAUAUGGAUCCUCUUCAAUAGACACACAGAUAGUCGCAAAGUUCCAAGAUAAUGAAAUUGUUGUGGAAAAUGUAUCAAUUAGCACAGUUAAAAAUUUUUCAGAACAUACAGCAAGUCUUACGUGCAGCCUGUCUUUAGAAACAGCUCUGUGCACUCUGCUGCUGGAUGGAGUAUUGAACAAAACAACAAAUGGUUAUUUACGCCUGCACAACAAAAUGGCUCCAUAUCAAAUUUCAUUUGCAUUAAAUUGUCAAGAUCCAAAUAAUCAACAAACACUGCAAGAAUUGGCUACCCUCAUUUACAGUAAACUAAAUGCAAGACACAUAUCAACAUGGCUACCUAAUUUCUCACUGCCACUGCAAACUCAGAUAGAAGAAAACCUCGAAAAGGGUGUCACAUAUACUGCGAUUUUAAGUGAUGACUCUCUAAUAAAUGGUAUUUUUCAUUUGCUGAACAGCAGUACAAUGUUGAAGGAACAAGUUCAUUUAGCGGACUUUGAAGACUAUGCAGCCUUAAUAUGUAGUAAAUAGUUGUAUAUAAAUAUUUAACAUCAGUUAGAAGUUAAUUAAAAAAUAUUAAAACUC